CAAUUCAAACCUAACCUUUAAUUCGGCUGAUCCGUUUCAUGUGUUGUAUGUGCAUUAAUUAUCUUAUCAAAAGUGAAUAUUUUAAUAAGAAAAAAACAGUUGUAAUGUAAAAUCAAAGCCCUGGAGUGUAUUACGAAAUAAUGAAAGCAUAUUGAAUUACUUUUUGUUUUUAUUCACAUUUUUCAACUAUUAACAAUGUAUAGACAACACUCUCUUGGUAAUUUAGUUAGAAAAAAUCUAACCUUUAAAAGGUUUCAAGAUCUCAAUAUUACGAGGAAUAAACAUACCAGAAUCGACAAGAUUUUAAUAGCAAAUCGAGGUGAAAUAGCAUGUCGUAUAACAAGAACAGCAAAAAAACUUGGUGUAAAAACAGUUGGAGUAUUUAGUGAAGCCGAUAGAAAUUCAAUGCACGUUAAUUUAACCGAUGAAGCAUAUUGCAUUGGACCUGCUCCUUCUAGUCAAAGUUAUUUAAGACAGGACAAAAUUAUUUCAAUAGCCAAACAAUCAAAAUGUCAGGCAAUUCAUCCUGGUUAUGGAUUUUUAUCAGAAAAUGUUGAAUUCGCUGAACUUUGUCAAAAAUCAAAUAUUAUUUUCAUUGGUCCACCGGCGAAAGCAAUACGCGAUAUGGGUAUUAAAAGUACUUCAAAGGCAAUUAUGUCAGAAGCUGGUGUUCCUAUAAUUGAAGGAUAUCAUGGAGAAGAUCAAUCCGACGAGAUUUUAUUAGCAAAGGCAAAAUUAAUUGGAUUUCCAUUAAUGAUUAAAGCAGUAAGAGGUGGUGGUGGUAAAGGAAUGAGAAUUGCCUGGAAAGAAUCAGAAUUUCAACAAUCACUUGAAUCGGCACGUACAGAAUCUCAUAAAUCUUUUGGCGAUUCAGCUGUACUUUUAGAAAAAUAUGUCGCCGAACCAAGACACGUUGAGGUUCAAAUUUUUGCCGAUCAUUAUGGUAAUGCUGUUCAUUUAUUCGAAAGAGAUUGUUCAGUUCAGAGACGUCAUCAAAAAAUCAUUGAAGAGGCGCCGGCUCCAGGAAUAUCGGAUGAACUUCGUAUGGAAUUGGGAUCGGCGGCUGUUCGCGCUGCAAAAGCUGUUGGAUACGUUGGCGCUGGUACUGUGGAAUUUAUUUUGGAUCGUCAAACGCAUAGCUUUCACUUUAUGGAAAUGAAUACGCGUCUGCAGGUGGAACAUCCGAUUACAGAAGCAAUUACGGGAACUGACCUCGUCGAAUGGCAAUUGAAGGUGGCAGCUGGAGAAAAAUUGCCGCUGCAACAAGAGGACAUUUAUUUGCGAGGUCAUGCAUUCGAGGCCAGAAUAUACGCUGAGGAACCCAGAAAUAACUUUUUGCCAGGUGCUGGUCAACUUUCGUAUUUGGUAACACCAUCUGUCGCCGAUAAUAUUCGUGUUGAAACUGGAGUUAAGGAAAAUGAUCAAGUUUCCGUGCAUUAUGAUCCAAUGAUUGCAAAAUUAGUUGUUUGGGGUCAGGAUCGAAAUUCAGCGCUUAGAAUUUUACAUUCCAAACUUUCUGAAUAUAAUAUUGCUGGUCUAGAGACAAAUGUGGAAUUCUUAAAGGAUCUUUGUAGUCAUGAAAAAUUUAAAAAUGGAGAUGUUCACACUGGUUUUAUUGAGGAGAAUUAUAAGACUUUAUUUCCAAAAUUACAAGUGCCUAAUGAUGUAUUAGCACAGGGGACACUUGGAAUAAUAUUGAAUGAAGAAUUAGAGGCAAUGAAAAAAUCAAUAGAAACUAAUGAUCCAUUUAGUCCAUUUGCUAUCGAGAGUGGAAUUAGAUUAAAUCAUAUAUUAAUGAGGAAAUUUGAAUUUCUUGUUGGUGAGGAAAAAUUUGUCGUUGACGUGAAAUAUGUUGAGCCAGAAAUUUUUAUGAUGAGAAUCAAUGAUUCGGGAGCGUGGCGUAAAGUUACGGGUACAAUGACAAUGGAUGGUAAAACAAUGAAAUUAAACAUUGAAAUCGAUGGCGUUAUACAGAGAGUAAAUAUUGCAAAAGUUGAUGAUCAAAUUGUUCUUUUUGGAAGGGAUCGUUCUUGGAAAUUGAAAAUACCGGAACCGAAUUAUGUUUCAAGGAUUAAGAGUAAUUCGAGCAUUGAUUUAGGAGCUGCAGUGAGUCCUAUUCCUGGAAUUGUGGAUAAAAUUCUAAUAAAAAACGGCGAUAUUGUCAAUAAAGGCGAUCCACUUUUAGUUAUUGUUGCAAUGAAAAUGGAAUAUAUCAUCAAAGCGUCCAAUGAUGGUGAAAUUGGAAGUAUUUUGUGCAAAAUUGGUGACAAUGUCGCAAAAGACAAACUUCUCGUUAAAAUGAAAAAUGUGACUGAUCAGUGAAGAUAAAAUUUUUUAAUUUCAAGUGAAUUUUGCACGAAAAAUCAAGAAGUGAACUGAAAGUUAUGAACUUUAAGAGUUUAAUUAUAGUUGAAGAUAUUUUUUUAAAAUCAUUUUUAUAUACACAAUAUAUAUAUAUAUUGAAAUGUUGAAAGGUA